UAAAUACAAAACACAAAAUUUCUAACCCUCAUUUUAACUUUUAGCAUUAAAAUACUCCAUUUUUGUACCAAUUAUGACAGAAAUCGAAUGGAGAAGACGUUGGAAGCCGGAUCUUACAUCUAUUCCUUGGCAACCUUUAAAUAUCGACGGUGAUGUCUACUUGAUCAAAUGCAAGUUUACUCAAAACUCUUAUGAGUUACUUCUUACCAAUCUGAAAAGCUUUUGGUAUGAAGAGUUGUCAGAGAACGCCUUGAAAAAGAGAGUUCAGAAAUUAAAUCCUAGUAUAGAGGCAUCAGUUUCUAGGAUAUUGGACCAGAUUAAGAAUUGCCUUGAAAGUCAGGAAAAAGGAACAAGCAUUACAAUUGGCUUUAAAGAUAAGGAAGAAGAAAAUUCCAAAAUGGUUCUAAAGAUUAACUCCCAGCUUGCAGGGUUGCCGUUUUGUUGGGAUUUUGUAGGAAAUUCAGCUGACAAAGAAAUGGCCUCAGAAAACUUGAUAGUUCCACUAAUGGCCAUGGUAGGUGAAUUAACAAGACGGCAGAGAGAACUUAUCAAAAUACUGCAAAAUAAGGACAAGGAGAUAGAAGAUUACAAAUCCCAGGGUGGAAAAACAACACGAAAACAUAUAGAAACUCAGGAGUUUGUGGAAACAGCAUUUGAAAACACAAUGUUGAUGUCAAAGGGUUUUGAAGAGGAAGUGAAGAGUUUUGGUAGUUCAGCAUUUGAUGAUAGUGGUCAGGAUCUCUACCGUCAAAUCAUGACCAAACAUUCUUGGUUGCACAGACAAAAAAAUGAUACAGAGACGGAAUCAUCAUCGCUAGAUGAGGAAGAAUUACCUGUAAAUGACACUAGUGACCAAGGGAGAAAGCCAUCAACAGGGACAUCAUGGGGAAGUAGUAGACUUCCUCCAUCAGUGACUGGACCUCCAUCACAGAAAAGUCCAAAUAAAUCACCUGCAUCAUCAAAAUCUAAUACACCUGACACAUCACCAAUCAAGGAUACAGAACUCAUGAGGAGACAGGCUUUAGAACGCAGACUUGAAUCAGACGAGGCAAAGAAGCAUGAGAAAACAAAGAAAAAAAAGAAAAUGGCUUUUUAAGAACUUUUUAUCAUUUUAAUGUCAUCUCAUUUAUGCCUUCAUGAUUUUUAUGAUCACUUAGUGUAUUGUAUUAUUUAGUUCCUGAUAUCUUGUGCAUCUUUAUUUUUAACGAAUGAAUCAAGGAACAUGAUGUAAGAGACCUUUUGGAUUUUUUCCAAAAUUCCUGACAUUUAUCUGAAAAAGUCAGUAUUUAAAAAAACACAGUAUAUCUUUUUUGUAUUUUAUCAAAAAUUUGGGGACCAGUUUUGUAAAUAAAAGAAAGAGAACAUCCCCAAUCUAGAUAGAUAUCAGCUCUAAAAAGUCCUGGGCUUAGUGAGGUUUGUCAGAAAAUUUUAGGUCCCUAGCAAAAUCUGUCAUUUGUCUUCUUGUAAUUUUGUGAUCCUCUGAACUCUAUUUUUACUAACUAAAUAGUAGUAUUAACUAUUAGAUUACCAUGGUUUUGUUUGCACAUGGGAUAACUUUAAAAACCAAUUCCUCCUUUUAAUAAGAAAUAAGACAUAAUUUUAGAUGUUUUUUGACUUAAACUUCUUCAAUUUAUUCGUUUGAAGGAUAUUUUCAUGAUGACUGUAAGUUAGUUGUUCAUCAAUCUUGUGUUGGCUUAUCUGGGCCUAUAAUUGAAAUGUGCAUUUAAUCAAUUAUUUAUAUAUUUAUAUCAUGUAUAUGUUUUAAAUA